GAGGUGGGCACAUGGGGUGCACCGCUCUGCCGCUGUAGCUGCUUUCUUCCCCGGUGAGCUCCAGCCUCCUCUGCUUGGAGUUGGCCCAGCUCAGACCUUCUGGGUUUCGAGCUUCGGCAGCUAGUGCGGGAUGUCGUGAAACAGCUGUGAGAGCGGUGGCCUUCGGGCCCAGGAGCGGGGAACUUCCUUAUUUCCAGCACAAGCUGGGCAUGAAUCGCAGCAGAGGGGGGAUUUCCACAGCUGUGGUUUUCAGAGCGCUCGUGUCACUGACUGCUUUCACUUCCAAGAAAUGAUGCUAGAGGAUCCUGACGAACUAGCAGUGCUGGAAGAAAUCCAACAUGAAUUGGUGUUGCAAGAACAGUUGCUUAUAGAAGAAUAUGAGCGAAGUCUUCAGUUUGAUGAAGAAUGUCUCAAUGCGAUGCUUGAUGGCUUGGAUGCUGGUGACAAGAUCAUCUGCCCCGUGUGUAGAAAGAAUAACCUGACCGUGCGGAAUCACUUGGUUUUUUGCCAGUGUGGAUUAUACAUCAGUACACAGGAUAUGACAGAAGAGAAGCUCCGUUCAGUUCUAGAAAACACUAUAACAGAGCACAGUCACAGGUGCUUUCACAAUCCAGAGUUUACUGUUACCAGCGGAAUGGAGGAAGAAACCAGUCUUCUCAUGAGCUGUUCGGUCUGUGACUCCUGGAUGAUUCUCCUGUAACUUGAUUUCGCUGCUGUUUUUUCACUGGAAGAACUUCUUGAGUUUAAAAAUCUGCCCAGAGCUGCUACUAUUAUGUAUAUACUUGUAACUGUUGUGUCAAAAACAUAUUUGACAAGGCAGUAGUAUUGCCUUAACUUGCACUUUUGAUGACACAGUAAAUAUUUUGAAAUAAAUAGACCUAGUUUA